AUGGAGAUCAGAGCGAUACGGGGCGACAUAGUAGGCCUGCGUGGGACUGACGAGUAUCGGGAUGGAGGGGGUGGCGGAGGGACAGGCAGCUAUUGGGACGGAGGGGGUGACGAAGGGGCCGGUGGUUAUCAGGGUCGAAGAGGUCGGACAGGAGAUGAAAAUAGAGGAUCGAGCCCCGAUGGAGACGGAGGAGGAGGUCGGGAAGGUACCGAAGGAGGAGGUCGUGAGGGUGUCGAAGGAAGAGAGGGUACCAGAGGCGAAGGUCAGGAGGGUGCCGGAGAAGGAGAUCGUAAGGGUGUUAAAGGAUGGGGGGUACCUGAGGUGCUAGAGGAGGAGGCCGUGAGGGUGUCGAAGGAGGAGGGGGUACUCGAGGCGAAGGUCGUGAGGGUGUUGGAGGAGGAGGGGGUACCCGAGGUGGAAGUCGUGAGAGUGCCGAAGGAGGAGGGAGUACCCGAGGCAGAGAGGGUACCAUUUCGGACGUCAGACUCGUCGGACGUAGUUUUUGAGUUAGAGGGGAUGAAAGAGGUGGUCGCGAUGUUAGGUGAGGGAGUGCCGGAGAUUGGGAGGGUGUCGCGUAUUGUUAACAUGCUGGAGCUGGUGGUCAGCAAGAGGCCGAUGGCACCAUCAUAG